GGGGCGUCUGGAAGGGUGCGUUGAGCUGGAAGACAGCUGGGAACAGGGGAAGGGGAGAGCAGAAAGAGGUGGCCUCGAGGGCAGCUCAGGCCGUGUCCUCUCAUUGUGUCCCCUUGUGUCCCCUCAUCACCUCCUCAUUUCAUCUCCCCUUGUUUCCCCUCAUGUUCCCUAAUCUCUCCUUGUCUUCCCUCACCAGCUUCCUGUCUUCCCUAUUAUCCCCCCUCAUGUCCUCUUGUCAUCUCCCCUCAUGCCCCGUCCAUCAUCUCCCCUCGUUUCCCCUCAUUGUCUCUCCUCAUCGUGUCCUCUCUUGUCCCCUCGUCAUCUCCCCGUGUCAUCUCCUCUCGUCAUCUCGCCUCCCUUCACCACUUCACCUUCCUUGUGUCCCCUCAUCACCUCCCCUAUCUCCCCUCUCACCUCCCCUGCUGUCCCCUGCUGUCCCCUGCUGUCCCCUGGCCGCGGGGCCUCCAUCCCACCCCGGCGUCUCCCCGGCUGCAGCGGGGAAGGGGGAGCGUGACCCACUUUCCUCCAGGUCCGGCCUCGCUGCCGCCGUGGCCGCGGGCGGGCGAUGCCAGGCGGGAGCCCCAGCCCAGCUCGGGGACCGGGGACAGGGUGGCCCUGCCUCGGAACCCCUCUGUCCUGGACCCACGGGGAGGCAGAGGUCAGGGCCGGGUGUCCGUGUGCCAAGCCCCCGACCCGCCCGGUGUCGCCGUGUCACCGAGUCCUGCCCGGGGGAGCAUCCUCCUCCCCGGGAGCAUCCCAGCCGGCGGGAGGCUGAGCUGGGGGCGAUGCCCGGGCUGCACGGGGCACGUAAAGCCCCUUGCAGUGGAGUCAGGGCUGGGUUUUGUGGCAGAGGGACGUGUCCCUGUUGUCGCCGGGAGCGAGCGGGGCCGAGGCCGGCUGGCCCUGCCGUGGGGUCGGGCAGGUGCCGCUCGGGGCGUUUUUCUUUGCAGAUCCCAACCGUGCGGUGCAGCCGGCGCUGGCGGAAGAGUUUUGGGAGGGAGAUGAUGACAGGCUGAUGAAACCAAUCAAACAAUGAAGUAAUCAUAAAUCCCCGGUGCUGGCGGCGAAGGCGGGAGGAGCUGCAGGCUGGAGGAGCUGAGGUCCUAACGAAGCCAUCCUGCUCGGCAGCAAAAACUCCGGGAGGCCGAAGCACUGAAAGGAAGCCAAGGUCCUGUCAUCGGGGCCGAUGGACAGAGACAGCCCAGUGUGGAUGAAGGCAGGGAAAAUCCUGCUGGCAGCUCCGGGAGAGCAGUGCGGAGGGCACAGGGAACGGUGGCAGGAAGGAGGAGUGGUGGCUCCCCGGGGAGCUGGCGGAGGAGUCCUGGCACUGCUUUGUUUGCUCUUCCCAAAUUGCUCUGUGAAACCUGAAUCCUGGGACCAAAGGCUGAGGAAGCUUGUCACAGGCUGCUGGCCAGGAUGGGAGAUGGUUCCUGCAGCGGAGGGCACCAUGGAUGGGUGUGACAGGGCCUGACCCUGCCCUGCAGCUGGAACAUCUGCACUGGGAGAGCAGCUCCUGACUGGGAGCCCGUGCCUAGCUGGGCGCUCAUUGGCUUUGCUGAAGAAAAUCCUUCUGCCGAGCAGGCUGCAAGGCAAGGAGCUGCGCAACCAUGAGCGCGGGCUCGAUUGAGCAGGAGCCGUCGCGCAAGCUGGGCUGCUGCGGGGUGCCCCUCAUCACAGAGGACAUGCAGUCCCUGGCCAUCCGCACCCUCUCGGGCACCGACAUCACCAAGCACUAUGACCUCAUCCGAGAGCUCGGCAAGGGCACCUACGGCAAGGUGGACCUGGUGUCCCACAAAAGCACAGGCACAAAGAUGGCCCUGAAGUUCGUCAACAAGAGCAAGACGAAGCUGAAGAACUUCUUGCGGGAAUUCAGCAUCACCAACACGCUCUCCUCCAGCCCCUUCAUCAUCAAGGUCUUUGACGUGGUCUUCGAGACUGAGGACUGCUACGUCUUCGCUCAGGAGUACGCCCCCGGCGGGGACCUCUUUGACAUCAUCCCGCCUCAGGUGGGGCUCCCCGAGGAGCUGGUGAAGCGCUGCGUGCAGCAGCUGGGCCUGGCCCUUGACUACAUGCACAGCAAGAGCCUGGUGCACCGGGACAUCAAACCGGAGAACGUGCUGCUCUUCGACCGCGACUGCCGCCGCGUCAAACUGGCCGAUUUCGGCAUGACCCGCAAGGUGGGCUGCCGGGUCAAGCGCAUCAGCGGCACCAUCCCCUACACGGCGCCCGAGGUGUGCCAGGCCGGCCGCGCCGAGGGCUUCGCCGUGGACACCAGCAUCGACGUCUGGGCUUUCGGGGUGCUCAUCUUCUGCGUCCUCACCGGGAACUUCCCCUGGGAGGCGGCGGUGGCGUCCGACGCCUUCUUUGAGGAGUUUGUGCGGUGGCAGAAGGGGCGGCUGGCGGGGCUGCCCUCGCAGUGGCGGCGUUUCACGGACAGCGCCCUGCGCAUGUUUCAGCGCCUGCUGGCCCUCGACCCCGAGAAGCGCUGCCCCGUCAAGGAGGUUUUCUACUUCAUCAAGUGCGACCUCAUGGCCGAGGUGCGGUGCCGGCCCUCCUACCGCUCCCGCAAGCACGCCAGGGACAAGCUCCCGGCCGGGCCGCACUGCCACGAGGCCGCCGGCUCCUGCACCCCCGCCCCGCUCAAGAGGACCGUCCUGACCGAGGGCAGCGGAACGCGCGGCUCCGAGCCCGGUGCAGCCGCCCCGGGCACGGCGGGCAGGACAGACGGACGGCAGGACAAGGGCAAGGGGCAGAUGGUCCUGGCCACAGCAAUAGAGAUCUGCGUGUGACGGCGGAGCGUGGCGGCUGCACGACCCGCCCCGUCCCCCCGCCCCGGACAGGGAUGGGGGGAGCACGUCGUGGUGGUGGUGGUGGAACGAGCCGGGACCGGGCUCUAGGUUUCCCAAAGGAAAAAAACAAAGGAAAAGAAACACAACCGAAGAGGAAAAGGACAGAACUGGUUGCGCUCUGUAGCGCCGAGGAUGCCGAUCCCCCAGUGGCCGGAGCCCAGCUGAGGGCACCGCUCGCUGCUGGGGACGCUGGGGGCACCCGCAGCCCUGCCACGGCUGUGCUGCCCCCUCCAAGGCUCCCCCCAGGGUGGCACGGGGAGGGGUGUCCCAGUACGGGGAGGAAGAAUCAGGAGGCAGUGGGUGGCGGGUGACCCACUGGCUCUGCCCCCACCCCGUGCCCGGACCCCGUCAGGGGGAGAGGGAAGGCCGAUGACCCUGCACCGUGGAGGAGGCCUUUGGGGAGGUUUGGGUGGGUGGUGAUUUUCCCUCUUCCGCUGGUCCCUGCCGCCCUGCUGGGGACUGGGAGGGGAUGGGGAGGUGGGUGACGGGGAGCCGGGGUUUUCCGGCAGCCCCGGACCCCCGGCAGCCCCGGCUGCCUCCCUGCCGUGGGAGGUGCUGGCAGCCACUGAUGUAGCAAGUGUCCCUGUCUGUGUGUCGUUGUGUGUCCCAGCCGCUGCCACGGGCAGUGCCCCCGCCCUGCCCCACCCGGCUCAGGCCCUGCCGGAGGGAUGGGUCCCCUGUGGCCGGAGCAGCGCUCCGGGCUGUGCCCAGCGGUGCCUCCAUCCAGCAGGUUGGAUGCUCGGGGCCGGGCCGGCAUCCCCGCGGCCCCUGUGCACUCUUUGUACCCAGGGACUGGAGGAGGUGGCAGCGGUGCCCCCCAGGCUGCCCUGCACAGCCCGGGAGUAGGGGAGGGAGCUCCUCCCGUGGGCCCGCCCGCUUCUCUCUGCUGUCCCCAUCACCCCUCCUUGCCGUCACCCCUUCCCCAAACCUGUCACCUCCCCUGGGGCUGGCGGGGAAGCGGCAGCGGGACAGACCCUGCCGGGGUUGGCUGCAGCGAGGGCAUGGUGGCAGCAGCCGCCGGUGGCCCCUUAGCGACAAGGUCCUGGGGUGUGUGUGGAGGUCACACCUUCCCUCCUGGAUUUGGGCACCCAGCAGAGCGGGUGGAGAAGCUGUGGGGGCACCCCAAGGCAGGAGCACCCUGCUGGGGGGUUCGGGCUUCCCUCCCAUGGGGUGGGUGCCGUGGGGCCGCCCCGGUGCCCCAAUUCCCCACAAAGGGCUAUAAACGCUUUCCAGCAGCAGCAGCAGCAGCAGUUUACAGAGCAGGGGCCGCCCCCGCCCCCGCCGUGCCCCCGUCCCUGGCACCCCCGGGCCCGGCGUUAGACGUAGCAUUGCCCCACGUAGAGAGCUAGGCACCGGUUUUACUCCUCUUUGCCUUAGGUCCCUCGAUGUCCUCGAUCUUUCGUGCAAUAAUGUAGAUAAGGGAUCCCGGCCGCCCUCGGUGGCACCGCCCGGGGUGGGUCCCAGAGGGUGCCCGGUGUGAUUUCUGUCCCCGUCGAGGUCGCUGUGUCCGUAGGUUGUCAGGUUUUUAUUUCCAGUUCCCUCAGCUGUCGGGUUUCGGACCUUCUUCCCGUAGGAGAGGCUGUAGUGUCACAGACGUUACCUCAGUUUGUCACUGUUGAAAAGGAUUUAAAAAAAAAAACACAACUGAAACCAUAAAAAAAUAACAAAAUACAUAGGUAUAAAAGCAACAAAAAAUUUC